CGUAUUGUUCCGCCGGUGCAAAAGCGAGAGGACAUCCGUGGUGCACGCAAAGUCGCCUGAGCUACAAAUAGCCAAUGCAGGUCUCUCUGGUUCAUAGUACACAUUUUUACUCUCGAAGAAAGCGGACAUUCUUCUACUUUCUCUGCCUGCCCUCACCCGAUAACUUUGUUGUGAUUUUGUGCUGUUGUGUUUUCGAAGGAAAGGGAAAAUGGUGAUAGUUGACCAUCCCCGCUCGCUAGCUAUGCGAGAUCUUUACUACCUAGCGGCGGCCCACCGAGCGAUGUGCCCGAGCUUCCCCGUGCCUAAUCCUAAGCCCCAUCCAUCGGUCUUCGACAGCCGUCAUCGGCUGGUCAUGGGGUGCAACGAUAACGCCGUGUCCACUGGCAUGUCCGAGGUCGACUACCAGAAGAAGUGCAUCUACGAGGUCAAGGAUCAAGACUCAGACCCAGCCAGCAAAGAACCGAGGUCGGUGACGUCACUGCCAGGCAAUCUCAAAUUCAAGUACAGGAAUGAACAGGUGGUCGGUGUGUUAGCAGACCAGUACAUCCCGAAAGGUACACGGUUCGGACCCCUAGCUGGAAAGAUUUACAGGGAAGAAGAGGUGCCGAGUGAUGCAAACAAGAAAUACUUUUGGAGGAUCUACAAUGUACAGAAGUUUGUCCACUAUAUUGAUGGGUUCGACAAGAAGCGAAGCAACUGGAUGCAGUACGUCAGCCCCGCCGGAGCUUCGGCGGAGCAGAACCUCGUGGCCUGCCAGUACAAGACAGAUAUCUUCUACUAUACAACGAAGGCUGUAGAGCCCGGCCAGGAGUUGUUUGUGUGGUAUUGCACUGAGUUUGCCCAGCGCCUUGAGAAACCCGUCGCAUCCGCUCUUCGCGCCAGUCCAGUUGUGAAGAAAGAGCCAGUGGUUUCUGCACCUUCUCCUUCUGAAGAUGCUAUAGACUUCAGCCGUCGACCAAAUCAAAUGUCUUCUAAAGUCAGCAAUGCCAAGUCUUCCUUCCCGGUGUAUUCAGGUAGUGGCAGUGGUUCCGACCACCUUGGUGCUGAAGCAGGUUCCAGUAAAACCUUGUAUCCCAGCCUUCCUCCCACCUUCCCCUUCAGUCACCGAGUUGGAUGCAGCCCACCAGGUACAGACAUCAAACAGGAGCCACCUAGUCCAACAUCCUCAUCCUCAAUGAGCAGUUCAACCUUGUUGCCAACCCAACCAGCCAUUCCAGUCUCAAGGAUGUACCCAGCUAGUGGUUCUCCAGUUGUCGUACCAGUACCCUUGUAUGGCCUGUCCUCAAACUACAUGAGUUCUGCAGGUGGUUUAACGUUUGUUGCCUCACAACCCAUCUACUCUAUGCCGUCCAGCAGAAUGAUUGAUUCUCGCUCUAUGGAAUUGACCAAGAACCGCCACAUUCAGCCAAAACCUCAUCCAAAUCAGCCUUAUACAGAUUCCAAUGGUUAUCUCCCAGAACCUGAAUCAUCCAUGAAGCAUGAUAUUCCCAGAAGAGUCAGGCGCAGCAGUAACCCUAACUACGGUCACCGUGCUCUAGGCUACGAGCUCCCACGUCGCAAUGGAAAGAUUGUAUACGAAUGCAAUGUCUGCAAGAGGGAAUUCGGACAGCUCUCAAACCUCAAGGUCCACCUUCGUGUCCAUACUGGUGAGAAGCCCUUCUCCUGUGAUCUUUGCGGAAAAGGUUUUACGCAGUUUGCACAUCUUCAGAAGCAUCAUCUUGUCCACACGGGUGAGAAGCCACACUGCUGUCACGUCUGCGACAAGCGAUUCAGCAGUACAAGCAACCUGAAGACCCACAUGCGCCUCCACAGUGGCGACAAGCCCUUCAACUGCAAAGAAUGUCCUGCUAAGUUCAACCAACAAGUCCAUCUGAGGCUUCACAAGAAGGCUCACCUAGAAGGCAACGCGGAACUCUUCAUGGAUUUCAGCGACGAUGCUGACACCCCAAGCACCGAUGGAUCUGACAUGGCUGGUCUUCACAAUCACCUCGCUAGCACUGAUGUCACCGACUACUUCGGAAAUUCUGAUGUGGCAUCGACAGGUAGUCGAGUACAUCUCGAUGAUGAGGAUGACGAUGAGGACAAGUUGGUCAUCCAGGAGGGAAGAAAAUCACAAGAAGCAUCACCUGCCGGCUACAUGUUUGGUUCUGAUGCCAUUGAAGGAUCCCCUCAAGGAUUCUCUGAUUCUGCCUCGACUGGAAUUCCCCUGCCCAGCGGUAACGACGAAGAAGAUGCAAUGGAAACCGCCGAAUUCAGUCGAGGACAGCUACCAGCCUUCGAGAGCAAGAGCAAGGCAGCUUCUCUUUCGUCAUCUGAAGAACCUACGCUACCACCGUCCCAUGGAACCAAACGAUUGCAUCCCGACCUCGAUGUGGCAUCGACAGGUAGUCGAGUACAUCUCGAUGAUGAGGAUGACGAUGAGGACAAGUUGGUCAUUCAGGAGGGAAGAAAAUCACUAGAAGCAUCACCUGCCGGCUACAUGUUUGGUUCUGAUGUCAUUGAAGAAGCCCCUCAAGGAUUUUCCGAUUCUGCCUCGACUGGAAUUCCCCUGCCCAGCGGUACCGACGAAAAAGACGCAAUGGAAACUGCCGAAUUCAGUCGAGACAAGCUACCAGCCUUUGAGAGCGAGGGCAAGUCAGCUUCUCCUUUGUCAUCUGAACCUACGCUACCACCGUCCCAUGGAACCAAACGAUUGCAUCCCGACCUCGAGUUUGGAUCAAGAAGCAAGUUUUCGAAGUCCAAUCCUGCACUAAAGCUCGAGACUGUGGUCCAAAAGAUACUCAACCGCACCACCAAAUCAUAGAAAACGGGACAUUUUUGCAGAAUACUCGUUGGCUUGUUGAAGACGAGUGUUGAUUUAAAAUGACUUUCUUCCAUUUGAUUAUCCAAAUUCAAAUUGCGACAAAAAGUCUUCACCAGUAAUAAGAUAAGAUUAGAUACAAACUUUACAGUGUUACCAAAGUGGAUCGUACUAUUUGGGUAAAGCAACUCAUUAGUGUAUUUUGUUGAACUCGUCAUAAUGUAGGAUUGUAUGAAUAAGUACUAAUCAUACUGUAAUCACGAUGCCAAAAUUAGCCGAUUAUGUCUAUCAAUAUAAGUUAGUGCCAUAUUCUGCCGAGUCACCUUAAUGACACCUAAUUUACUAAUGAACAUAGAUUGAUGUAUACGUACUUGAUUUGCAGUACUUUAUUUACUUACUGAUAUUUUGACAUGCACUUUCAUUUGGAAUAACCAUAAUUAAAUCAUUUCCUGUUUAUCACUUACCGAUUUGAAUACCUGUUCCAGGGGAGCGUUUCAUCAACAUUUUGUCGUCAGAUCUUACAGGUUUCUUAGAUUUUGAUUGGCAGAGAAGCACGAUUGCUAUGGUAACUGUCGGAUAACACAAGAAAUGUCCGACAAGUCCUUUCAUGAAACGCUCCCCAAGUCAUCUACACAUUCGAAAGUAAUUUAUGUAUUCAAACUUCAUCUUGAAAUAUUUAAAUGUCUCUGUCUUUCAAGAAACAUCCCGCUUUAUCAUUCAUGACAUUGCGUGAGAAGUGGGACUUUUCGGUUGACUUAUCUGGGAUGGAAAAAUCAUUUCUAUAACUGCAGAAAGUUUCCUGAAUGUUAUCAUUCAUGCAAUGUCUUAUGAUAGUGUUGUCUUUCAAAAAUAAGACGUCAAAAGCAAUCAUGAAAUUGUCUUUCUCUGAUUAUAAUGUAUUCUGUAGACACGAUAGUUGAUGUGGGAUUUAUCAGUAAACUAUUUGUAGAUUUGUUUGUAAAUGUGUCAAGAAAGUGCUGAGGGGAAUGGUUCUUUGAAUGAACUUAAAUGUAUGAUUUUCUUGGAAGGUGACGAUUACAGUGGAGCUUAACUAUUAAUCUUCUUCGUCCACUAUAUAGUGCCAAAAUAAGAAGUACAUGUAGCUGGAUAUCAUUUUAUAGCUUCCCAAUACCAAACAUGCGUUUCGUUAUAUCAUUUUCAAUCUGCGCAUGUGUAAUGGCGGGCUGCCACCUUGCCUUGUUCUAAUCCACGUCUAGUGGGAUAAAGAUUUUACUUAACUUGACUCCCACAGGCCUUACAUUAUUCGAAUCGCAGUAUUCAGCUAUAUUUAUCUAAUCUAGGCAAAGGUAAUUCAAUAUGUGAUGUGUAUUCUUAAAAUGAGUGACUUAGCAAUUAAGAUAAAUGUUAUUUUUAGAAUGAUAGUAUAUUUUUCUGUAUAUUAUUAAGUGAUGUUCUUUAUUACAACUCAUGGGUGUCAGGGCGGUGUGUUCCGCGAAGACGUUUACUGUGUAGAUCUUCCAAAAUAAUUGUGCCUUAUAUUGAUGACAUUUUGUAUAAAAUUGUGACAUUUUUGCCAAUAAACAAGAAUUUAUGUGAACUGAAA